AUGGUCAACCGACAGCAGGAUGCUGAUCAAAUCGUCGAUCAACACCGACAAGAAGACUUGGCGGUGGAAAAUAAUUUGACAACUAUUGUCGAAAGGAUUAUGGCUAAAAAUGGCAUGGGUGUCACGUUACAAAGGCCAUUAUACAUUUCCCCAUUAGCUGAGUUUAUUCUCCAAGCCGAGGCGCCAAAGGGGAUGAAAGUACCUAAGUACACUAAAUUUGGGGGAGAGUCUGGUGAAUCGACAAUAAAGCAUGUCGCCAGAUACUUAACAGAGUCAGGGGAUUUAGCUCAUAAUGAAUGCUUAAGAGUAAAAAACUUCCCUUCCUCUCUGACCAAGGCAGCCUUCACAUGUUUGGCGGAAUUGUCUAGUAUUAAGAGAAGGUUCGCUGAGAGUAUAGAUGAUUAUCUAAAUCGUUUUAGGUCUUUAAAGGCUAGGUGCUUCACACAAGUGCCAGAACAUGAACUAGUUCAAAUGGCCGCAGAAGGUUUAGAUUAUUCCAUUAGGAAGAAGAUAGAUCCAACCUUUGUGAAAAGUAUGUCACAACUAGCUGAUAGAGUCCGACAUCUAGAACGAUUGAGGAUAGAAAAAAUUAGGCACAUUAAAUCUAAGAAAGAAAAGGUAGUGUUUGUCGAAUACGACGCGACAGACCCAACACGUGAGGCCGAUUAUGCCUCAUCGACCGAAUUAGAAAUCGACGUGGCCGAACUGAAGUCAGGGUUCGCUUAUGAGUGUCGCUCAUUGCUGCCUGCGCAAGGCAAGAAUCCUGUCGAAAACAACCCAAAAUUCCCUUCGAAAACUUACACUUUCGACGUGUCGAAGUGUGAGGAAAUUUUUGACUUAUUAGUCAAAGACGGGCAGAUGGUGGUGCCUCCUGGUACUAAAAUACCACCGUUGGAACAAAGACAGAAAAGAGGGUUUUGUAAAUAUCACAACUAUAUUGGUCAUAACACCUCUAAUUUUUACCUUUUCAGGGAUUUGGUUCAAAAAGCAAUCCAAGAAGGCAGGCUGAAAUUUGUUGGCCGCAAGAUGAAGAUCGACACUGAUCCUUUGCACCAGUAG